UCAGCCCCUGACAACCACCAUUCUACUCUGCUCCUAUGAAUGUGACUUUUUUAGAUCCCACAUGUGAGAUCAUGCAGUAUUUGCUUCUAUGCCUGCCUUAUUUCCUUUAGUUUAAUAUCCUCCAGGUUCAUUCAUAAAAAGUGCAGUUACAAACUGUUGUUGCAAUACCAGCUUUUAUAAUUGCCCAUGUAUUUACCUUUAUUGAGAUCUUCAUUUCUUCAUGUGACUUACUGUUACUGACUAGUGUCCUUUCAUUUUACCUGCUGGACUCCCUGGACCAUUUUCUGCAGGGCAGGUCUAGUGGCAAUUAACUACCUUAGCUUUUGUUUAUCUGGGAAUGCCAAUUUCUCCCUCACUUUUGAAGGACAGUUUUACUGGAUAUAGGACUCUUGGUUAACAGUUUUUUUUUUCUUUUAGUACAUUGAAUAUAUUGGUCCACUGCCUUUUGGCUUCCAAAGUUUCUGUGAGAAAUCUGCUGAUAAUCUUAUUAAGAAGCCCUUGGAUGUGAGCAGUUGCUUUUCUCUUGCUGCUUUCCAGAUUCUUUCUCUGUUUUUGAAAGUUUGAUGAUAAUGUAACUUGGUGUGAGUCUCUUUGAGUUUACCUUACUUGGAGUUCCCUGAGCUCUUAACUGUUUAUAUUCAUGUCUCCCAACAAAUUUGAGAAGUUUUCAGCCAUUAUUUCUUCAGUUAGUCUCUCCGCACCUUUCUUUUUCUCUUCUGUUUGCAGCUUCCACGGCAUGCAUGCUUCCUUGUCUCUUGAUGGUGGCCACAAGCCCCUUAGGCUCUUUUCACCUUUCAUUCAUCUUUUGUCUUUGAAAAUUUCCAUUAUCUUAUCUUCAAGCUCAUUAAUUCAUUCUUUUGUCUGCUCAAAUCACCUUCAGAUUCCUCUAGUGAUGUUUUCAAUUUCAGCUAUUGUACUUUUCAGUUCUGUAAUUUCUUUCUGGUUUCUUUCAAGGUUUUUAUAUUGAUAUUUCCAUGUUGUUCAUACAUCACUUUCUUGACUUUCUCCACACCUUUCUGUAGUUCUUUGAGCAUCUUUAAGACAGUCAUUUUAAAGUCUUUGUCUAGUAGAUCUGCCAUCAGGUCUUUUGCAGAGACAGCUUCUGUUGAUUCAUUUUUCUCCUUUGAAUGUGCUAUAUUUUCUUAUUGCUUUGUGUGCCUUGUGAUUUUGUGUUAAAAAGUGAACAUUUGAACUCAGUAAUGUGGCUCUUGAAGUCAAUUUUGCCCUUCACCAGCGUUUGCUUUUUUUUGUUACUUUUUUAAAAAUGUUUUGUGUCUGUGCCAGAAAUCUCCCUUAGGUGUGAACUUCAGGUCUUCUCAGGUCUUUUCUGAGCCUGUCCCUUUCCCUGGGUGUGUGCAGCCACUUUCUAAUUUUCCUCUUACAUGCUGCUGUUUUUCAAUGUCCUGUUCUUUCAUGUUUGGCUCCCAAAGGAGGAAUAAGAUAAAAAUGAGGGAGAAAAAACAGUGCCAGCCCUCUAAAUCCCCUUCAAGUCACUUCAGCUGGAAGGGGGAGCUUGCAACAACAGAGGGAGUGUAAAACAAUGGCCCCACCUCCCUGUCUGCACAUCUGUGAUCCCAGGCAACCUGAUCGGAGCACAGGUUCUCGAUGUCUGCAGGACAGGGUCCUUUUUGCCGUCCUGUUUCCCACAAGCUGUGUGGCUGCUGCUCCAGGAACUCGUGCAUGGCACCUGCUAUGGGAAUGGGGGUGGAGGAUGGAUGUGUGGCUGCUAUUGUGCCAAGAGCUGGGGUUUAGCUAAAUUAACCACCCGUUACUGUCCAAGCCUUCCUCUGGACAUUGCAAGCUUUCAGUAGACUCCAGAGUUCCAAAAGAGUUCUAAGACAAAUUCUGCCCAUGCACUUGUUAAUUAGUUGGGGAGAUGGAUUCCUGGCGCUUUCCAUCUGCCAUUUACCAGAGUACUCCAGAAUCAUUUUCAAACACGUUUCUUUCUGUCAAGAAAUCAAGUCUUGGCCAGGCAUGGUGGCUCACGUCUGUAAUCCCAGCACUUUGGGAUGCUGAGGCAUGCGGAUCGCCUGAGGUCGGGAGUUCGAGACCAGCCUGACCAACACAGAGAAACCCCAUCUCUACUAACAAUACAAAAUUAGCUGGGUGUGAUGGUGCAUGCCUGUAAUCCUAGCUACUUGGGAUGCUGAGGCAGGAGAAUUGCUUGAACCUGGGAGGUGGAGGUUGUGGUGAGCUGAGAUUGCACCACUGUACUCCAGCCUGGGCAACAAGAGCGAAACUCCAUCUAAAAAAAGAAAAGAAAAGGAAAGAAAUCAAGUCUUGAGGCAUCAUCAUUGUUAUAUCAUGUGCAGGUGUCUAGCCUGGAUGCCACCCAGCUAUGCCAAGUGCGGGGAGAAACUCCCUAUGGGCACUGUGGCUGGGUCCAGAGCUCAGAGGCUGGAGCUUUGAGAACUGGGCUGGAGCCAAACCAUGAUGGAAGCCUCUAGCUCUCAGGAAGAGACACACAUCUGCGGGGGCAGAGUGACCACAUUUCCAGGUUGCCCAGCCCUCGGGAGUGGCACAGUGCCCAGGCACUGGGGCAGAGGUGGAUCCCGUAGUCCCUCGGUGGGAGCUCCAAAGCCUCCCGUUUUCAUCUCUUCCUCUUCCCGGGAUGGGAUUUGGGGGAUGAGAUCUUCCUGGUGGGCUGGAGUCUGUCCCAGAAGUCAACAGCCCAACCUGGGGCCAAAAAAGACCCUCUUAGAUAAGGCAGGCCCUCGGCAAGACUCCAGCCACACAUGAGAGGGUGGAACAGAGCUCCUGAGUCCCACUCACCACAGCCACCUGCAGUGGUCAGGUGGGGGCACCGUGUCCAUCCCCCCAUGGGUUUGUGCCAAUUUGCAUAUAGGUAUGUAGCUUCCUAUUGGCGACUGUAAGAAAUUGCCACAAAUUCAGUGGCUUAAACCAACACAGCUGUCUUACCUUUCAGUUUUGGAGGUCAGAGUCUGAAACCAGUUCACUGGGCUGAAACCAAGGUGUUGUCAGGGCUGGGUCCCUCUGGGACUCUGGAGGAGAAUCUGUUUUCUUGACUUUUCCAGCUUCUAGAGGCUGCCGCUUCCCUUCGCUCAAAGCCCCUUCUUCCCCCUUCAAAGCCAACGGUGUCGGACAAGUCCUCAUGGUGCCAUCUUUUGUCCUUCGAUUUUAAGGCUUUGUGUGGUUAGAUGUGGAUCAUUUCCCAUCUCCAGGUCCACAGCCCGAGUCCUGGCUGCAGCAUCCCCUUGCCACGUAAAAUUACAUUUGUGGGUUCCAGCUGUUGUGCCGUGGACAUCCUUGGGGCCAUGGCUCUGCCCACCACAGUUUGUCCAUGUGCACGGCUGCACAUGUGUACAUAUGCAUGGGAGUCUUACUUUGCAUUAAUGGGAUUGCCCUGUGUCUGAAAGUUCCUCUUUCCUUUAUCCUGCAUCUCAGGAGUCUCCAUAACUCCAGGGAGAUGCUCUGGUCUUCGUGUUGUUCUGGUCUUUUCCUCAGCCCCUCCUGACUGAAGCACUCGCAGGUAUUUCUGCUUCUCUAUAUAACAGAUGACCCUGCGGACACCUGCUCAGCCCCGACUGGCGGGUUCAUCGCACAGCCUCGCCUUUGUUUAUCAGACACCAGCUGAGCCACCCCACCUGUGCCUGGCGUGGGUUUUGGGUCAGCGCUGACGGUGGAGAGAUUGAAUGUUGUAAACGUGUCCGAGUGUCAACAGGAAGUCUCCACCCGGGGACAGGGGCCCGUUUCUUAGGUUCUUUUUAGCCUUCCGUGGGGGCUCUGCAGCCUUGGGAUUUGGUGGAGGUGUUUGUUCUGAGGCUGUUUUUCUUUGAUGCCAAGAUGUCCCCCCGGGCACUUCACUGCGUAAGUGCUAUGGUGUGAUGGAGUGAUGAUGGUGGCGCACUCUUGAAGCUCUGGAUCAGGUUCCGGAAGCUCUGUGUGAGUCUUACUGAGGUGGUUAUUUUCUCUUUUCCCUGGAAAGUGGGCUGAGAGCACUCCAUGCGGGCAGGAGCGGCCCUGGCUCUGCAGGACUGGAGGGGGCUGUGCUGGAGGGCGGGGGGCUGGCCAGGCAGCCUUGGAUCUUGUCCUCAGGAGCCCUUCAAAGGGGCGGCAGAGACUCCAGGCCCUGUGCCCCGAAGAGUCAGGCUGGGCUGGUUCUGGGGAGUGGCUGGAGCACCUGGUGCUGAGCACAGGUGGGCGUCCGUGGAGUGCACGUGUCUGAGGGUCUCUGAGGGGUUUGCCCUUUUCUUCGGGGCCACGGUGGCCGUGAGGGAUGCAGGACAUUGGGUGUGGCCCUCGAGGACUGGCCUGUCUGGAGCCCACUCCCCCGUGGGUGAACGCAGCUCUUGGUGGAGAGCCCAGUUUGGGGAGAAAGGAGGUUCUUGUCCUGGGAGGUGUCAGACAAAGCCGAGGAUGGGACUCACAGGAGACCCCCAGUCAGGCCGUGUCAGGGUGAGGCUGGGAGUGAGGGUCCUGGAAAGUCCGGCUUCUGGGAGAGGGCACUUUGGCUCAGAGGCUGCCACUGCGGAAGGGAUGGACGUCCCCGGUCCCCUAAGAUAAGGGACCCAAGGGGAGGGGCGGGGACGUUCCACACUGGUGUGAGAACAGCGGAGAGUCCCAGCCAGAGGUACCCGCUGCUCUCCUGCGGGGAGGAUGCUGGCUGCACUGUCUGUCCUGGGCAUAUUUAAAGGGGCCUCUGUUAACACACACAGGACUCCAGAACCAUCCACACUUCUGGCUGGCCUGAUUCCUGAGGGGGAAAUGGUCUUUAAAGAAGCAAGCACCUUGAUCCAAAGGGAGGUGGUCCAGCAGGAGGGGCCGCCCCACCAUACCCAGGAAGGUUGAGCUCUCACACCCGGGAAGGCUGAGCUCUCGCACCCGGGAAGGCUGAGCUCUCGCACCCGGGAAGGCUGAGCUCUCGAAAUGGGGUUCAGGCAUUUGCUGUUUGAUUCCAGGACAUCUGAGACAGCUGGGCCCGUACCUCGGGGAGUGGAGGCUGCGCCAUUCUCUGCCCAUCCAGCAUCUUAGGGCCGGGCAUUUGGAAGCUGGCUUCUGAAGGGAGCCCCCAGGAGCUUCGUGGAGAGGAGAUGGGACAGCUUUGGAAAGGGCUUUGCUGUCACUGGGGUCCCUGGGGCCGCCGGUGUAGCGUGCUGGUACCCUCCAGCCCAGGAAGGUGGCAGCUGCCGCAUCUUGCUUUCCCAAUGACGGAAUGUUCUAGGAAGGGUGGUGGGAGGUUUCUCCAAGGUGAACUCGGGGGCAGCUGGGCAGCUGGCACGGCCUCUGGCCCCCAGGCCGAGUCCUGUUUCCUGAUCUUAGCACAGCCCCAGCUUGGACAUGUGGGACCAGGGCACUUCUUAUGAGAAAAAGGAUCAUUGUAACGGCUGCCAUCUGGAUGGACGAUCGUUGUAACAGCUGCCAUCUGGGCGGACGGCGGCCUCUGUCUGAGGGGGAUGUGACCGCUGGCCCCCAGAACCCAGGCUCAGCCCGUUGGGACCCCUCUGCCCCUGGCCCAGACCGUGGCUGCAAAGGCCGGGCUCUGCCUGGCACGGCAGGUGUGCUGGGAAGUCACUCUGAGCAGGGUCUGCCCUUGAGUGGGUGCUGCCCCCCUCCCGUAGGCAGGAAACCAGGUGUGAGAACUCUGGGCACCGGGGCUGCGUCCUGGCUUGGGCUCCCUGGGCGAGGGAUGGACAGGGCUCCUUCUGACCCUGGGCUACUGAGUCGAAGUGAAGUCAAGCUCCGCCUGGGCAGGAAUGAGUGGAGUGAGUCACCCGGCGCUGUGGGGCAUUUGCACGGAGCAGCGGGGCUGGUGGGGAGACUGUGGCACGUUGGCAGAGCGCGUCAGCGAGGAGGUGGGGCUGCUGCAGCUCCUUGGGGACCCCCCGCCCCAGCAGGUCACCCAGACGGAUGACCCCGACGUCGGGCUGGCCUACGUCUUUGGGCCAGAUGCCAACAGUGGCCAAGUGGCCCGGUACCACUUCCCCAGCCUCUUCUUCCGUGACUUCUCACUGCUGUUCCACAUCCGGCCAGCCACAGAGGGCCCAGGGGUGCUGUUCGCCAUCACGGACUCGGCGCAGGCCGUGGUCUUGCUGGGCGUGAAGCUCUCUGGGGUGCAGGACGGGCACCAGGACAUCUCCCUGCUCUACACGGAACCAGGUGCAGGCCAGACCCACACAGCCGCCAGCUUCCGGCUCCCCGCCUUCGUCGGCCAGUGGACACACUUAGCCCUCAGUGUGGCGGGUGGCUUUGUGGCCCUCUACGUGGACUGUGAGGAGUUCCAGAGAAUGCCGCUUGCUCGGUCCUCACGGGGCCUGGAGCUGGAGCCUGGCGCCGGGCUCUUCGUGGCUCAGGCCGGGGGAGCGGACCCUGACAAAUUCCAGGGGGUGAUCGCUGAGCUGAAAGUGCGCAGGGACCCCCAGGUGAGCCCCAUGCACUGCCUGGACGAGGAAGGCGAUGACUCAGAUGGGGCAUCCGGAGACUCUGGCAGCGGGCUCGGGGACACCCGGGAGCUUCUCAGGGAGGAGACGGGCGUGGCCCUAAAACCCAGGCUCCCCACGCCACCCCCGGUCACCACUCCACCCUUGGCUGGAGGCAGCAGCACGGAAGAUUCCAGAAGUGAAGAAAUCGAGGAGCAGACCACGGUGGCUUCGUUAGGAGCUCAGACACUUCCUGGCUCAGAUUCUGUCUCCACAUGGGAUGGGAGUGUCCGGACCCCUGGGGGCCGCGUGAAAGAGGGCGGCCUGAAGGGGCAGAAAGGGGAGCCAGGUGUUCCGGGCCCACCUGGCCGGGCAGGCCCCCCAGGAUCCCCAUGCCUACCUGGUCCCCCGGGUCUCCCGUGCCCGGUGAGUCCCCUGGGUCCUGCAGGCCCAGCGUUGCAACCUGUCCCCGGACCACAAGGACCCCCAGGGCCUCCGGGGAGGGACGGCACCCCUGGAAGGGACGGCGAGCCGGGUGACCCUGGUGAAGACGGAAAGCCGGGCGACACCGGGCCACAAGGCUUCCCCGGGACUCCAGGGGACGUAGGUCCCAAGGGCGACAAGGGAGACCCUGGGGUUGGAGAGAGAGGGCCCCCAGGACCCCAAGGGCCUCCAGGGCCCCCAGGACCCUCCUUCAGACACGACAAGCUGACCUUCAUUGACAUGGAGGGAUCUGGCUUCGGGGGCGAUCUGGAGGCCCUGCGGGGUCCUCGAGGCUUCCCUGGACCUCCCGGACCCCCUGGUGUCCCAGGCCUGCCCGGCGAGCCAGGCCGCUUUGGGGUGAACAGCUCCGACGUCCCAGGACCCGCCGGCCUUCCUGGUGUGCCUGGGCGCGAGGGUCCCCCCGGGUUUCCCGGCCUGCCGGGACCCCCAGGCCCUCCGGGAAGAGAGGGGCCCCCAGGAAGGACUGGGCAGAAAGGCAGCCUGGGUGAAGCAGGCGCCCCAGGACAUAAGGGGAGCAAGGGAGACCCCGGUCCUGCUGGCGCUCGUGGGGAGAGCGGCCUGGCAGGAGCCCCUGGACCCGCUGGACCACCAGGCCCCCCUGGGCCCCCUGGGCCACCAGGACCAGGACUCCCCGCUGGAUUUGAUGACAUGGAAGGCUCCGGGGGGCCCUUCUGGUCAACAGCCCGAAGCGCUGCUGGGCCACAGGGACCCCCCGGCCUGCCGGGACUCAAGGGGGAUCCUGGCGUGCCUGGGCUGCCAGGGGCGAAGGGAGAAGUUGGAGCAGAUGGAGUCCCCGGGUUCCCUGGCCUCCCUGGCAGAGAGGGCAUUGCUGGGCCCCAGGGGCCAAAGGGAGACAGAGGCAGCCAGGGAGAAAAGGGAGAUCCAGGGAAGGACGGAGUCGGGCAGCCGGGCCUCCCUGGCCCCCCCGGACCCCCGGGGCCUGUGGUCUACGUGUCGGAGCAGGACGGAUCCGUCCUGAGCGUGCCGGGACCUGAGGGCCGGCCGGGUUUCGCAGGCUUUCCCGGACCUGCAGGACCCAAGGGCAACCUGGGCUCUAAGGGCGAACGAGGCUCCCCGGGACCCAAGGGUGAGAAGGGUGAACCGGGCAGCAUCUUCAGCUCUGACGGUGGUGCCCUGGGCCCUGCCCAGAAAGGAGCCAAGGGAGAGCCGGGCUUCCGAGGACCCCCGGGUCCAUACGGACGGCCAGGGUACAAGGGAGAGAUUGGCUUUCCUGGACGGCCGGGUCGCCCCGGGAUGAACGGAUUGAAAGGAGAGAAAGGGGAGCCGGGAGAUGCCAGCCUUGGAUUUGGCAUGAGGGGAAUGCCCGGCCCCCCAGGACCUCCAGGGCCCCCAGGCCCUCCAGGGACUCCUGUUUAUGACAGCAAUGUGUUUGCUGAGUCCAGCCGCCCCGGGCCUCCAGGAUUGCCAGGGAAUCAGGGCCCUCCAGGACCCAAGGGCGCCAAAGGAGAAGUGGGCCCCCCCGGACCACCAGGGCAGUUUCCGUUUGACUUUCUUCAGUUGGAGGCUGAAAUGAAGGGGGAGAAGGGAGACCGAGGUGAUGCAGGACAGAAAGGCGAAAGGGGGGAGCCUGGGGGCGGCGGUUUCUUCAGCUCCAGCCUGCCAGGCCCCCCCGGCCCCCCAGGCCCACGUGGCUACCCCGGGAUUCCAGGUCCCAAGGGAGAGAGCAUCCGGGGCCAGCCCGGCCCACCUGGACCUCAGGGACCCCCCGGCAUCGGCUACGAGGGGCGCCAGGGCCCUCCCGGCCCCCCAGGCCCCCCCGGCCCCCCAGGGCCCCCUUCAUUUCCCGGCCCUCACAGGCAGACUAUCAGUGUUCCCGGCCCUCCGGGCCCCCCUGGGCCCCCUGGGCCCCCUGGAACCAUGGGCGCCUCCUCAGGGCAGGUGAGGCUCUGGGCUACGCGCCAGGCCAUGCUGGGCCAGGUGCACGAGGUUCCCGAGGGCUGGCUCAUCUUCGUGGCCGAGCAGGAGGAGCUCUACGUCCGUGUGCGGAACGGGUUCCGGAAGGUCCAGCUGGAGGCCCGGACACCACUCCCACGAGGGACGGACAACGAAGUGGCCGCCUUGCAGCCCCCCGUGGUGCAGCUGCACGACAGCAACCCCUACCCGCGGCGGGAGCACCCCCACCCCACCGCGCGGCCCUGGCGGGCAGAUGACAUCCUGGCCAGCCCCCCUCGCCUGCCCGAGCCCCAGCCCUACCCCGGAGCCCCGCACCACAGCUCCUACGUGCACCUGCGGCCGGCGCGACCCACAAGCCCACCCGCCCACACCCACCGCGACUUCCAGCCGGUGCUCCACCUGGUUGCGCUCAACAGCCCCCUGUCAGGCAGCAUGCGGGGCAUCCGCGGGGCCGACUUCCAGUGCUUCCAGCAGGCGCGGGCCGUGGGGCUGGCGGGCACCUUCCGCGCCUUCCUGUCCUCACGCCUGCAGGACCUGUACAGCAUCGUGCGCCGUGCCGACCGCACAGCUGUGCCCAUCGUCAACCUCAAGGACGAGCUGCUGUUUCCCAGCUGGGAGGCUCUGUUCUCAGGCUCUGAAGGUCCGCUGAAGCCCGGGGCACGCAUCUUCUCCUUUGACGGCAAGGACGUCCUGAGGCACCCCACCUGGCCCCAGAAGAGCGUGUGGCACGGCUCGGACCCCAACGGGCGCAGGCUGACCGAGAGCUACUGUGAGACGUGGCGGACGGAGGCUCCCUCGGCCACGGGCCAGGCCUCCUCGCUGCUGGGGGGCAGGCUCCUGGGGCAGAGCGCCGUGAGCUGCCAUCACGCCUACAUCGUGCUCUGCAUUGAGAACAGCUUCAUGACUGCCUCCAAGUAGCCGCCGCCUGGAUGCGGAUGGCCGGAGAGGACGGGCGGCUCGGAGGAAGCCCCCACCGUGGGCAGGGAGCGGCCGGCCAGCCCCUGGCCCCAGGACCUGGCUGCCAUACUUUCCUGUAUAGUUCACGUUUCAUGUAAUCCUCAAGAAAUAAAAGGAAGCCAAAGAGUGUAUUUUUUUAAAAGUUUAAAACAGAAGCCUGAUACUGACAUUCACCUGCCCCAACUCUCCCCUGACCUGUGAGCCCAGCUGGUGCGGCCUGGGUCAUGUGGCCUGGGUCAGGCAGGGUACAGUAUCAUGCCCUGUGCAACCUCUUGGCCUGAUCAGACCACGGCUCGAUUUCUCCAGGAUUUCCUGCUUUGGGAAGCCGUGCUCGCCCCGGCAGGUGCUGACUUCAUCUCCCACCUAGCAGCACCGUUCUGUGCACAAAAGCCAGACCUGUUUGUUAGCAGACAGGCCCCGUGAGGCAAUGGGAGCUGAGGCCACACUCAGCACAAGGCCAUCUGGGCUCCUCCAGGGUGUGUGCUCGCCCUGCGGUAGAUGGGAGGGAGGCUCAGGUCCCUGGGGCUAGGGGGAGCCCCUUCUGCUCAGCUCUGGGCCAUUCUCCACAGCAACCCCAGGCUGAAGCAGGUUCCCAAGCUCAGAGGCGCACUGUGACCCCCAGCUCUGGCCUGUCCUCCAACACCAAGCACAGCAGCCUGGGGCUGGCCUCCCAAAUGAGCCAUGAGAUACAUCCAAAGCAGACAGCGCCACCCUGGCCGAGUCCAAGCUGGGAGAUUCAAGGGACCCAUGAGUUGGGGUCUGGCAGCCUCCCAUCCAGGGCCCCCAUCUCAUGCCCCUGGCUGGGACGUGGCUCAGCCAGCACUUGUCCAGCUGAAUGCCAGGAUGGAACAAGGCCACAUCAAAGAGGCUGAGGCUGGCACAGGACAUGCGGUAGCCAGCACACAGGGCAGUGAGGGAGGGCUGUCAUCUGUGCACUGCCCAUGGACAGGCUGGCUCCAGAUGCAGGGCAGUCAUUGGCUGUCUCCUAGGAAACCCAUAUCCUUGCCCUCCUUGGGACUGAAGGGGAACCCCGGGGUGCCCACAGGCCGCCCUGCGGGUGAACAAAGCAGCCACGAGGUGCGACAAGGUCCUCUGUCAGUCACAGCCACCCCUGAGAUCCGGCAACAUCAACCCCAGAGUCAUUCGUUCUGUGGAGGGACAAGUGGACUCAGGGCAGCGCCAGGCUGACCACAGCACGGCCAACACGCACCUGCCUCAGGACUGCGACGAAACCGGUGGGGCUGGUUCUGUAAUUGUGUGUGAUGUGAAGCCAAUUCAGACAAGCAAAUAAAAGUGACCUUUUACACUGA